AUGACCAAUCUCUCGACAGUGUCUGUAUUCAUCCUCCAAGGCUUCUCCAGUAUCCCUGAGCUACAGCUGCUGAGCACAGCCAUUUUCCUUCUCAUAUACUUGGCUGCAGUUCUGGGGAAUGUCUCCAUCAUGUCUGCUGUGAUCCUGGACGCCCGUCUACACAUGCCCAUGUACUUCUUCCUCAAGCAUCUCUCCCUGGUGGAUCUCUGUUCCACAUCCACCACCCUGCCCCGCGCCUUCGUGGCCACGGUUGUGGGCUCCAAGGAGAUUUCUCUUUCUGCUUGUGCUUGCCAGCUCUUCACCUUCAUCUGCCUUGGCUCUGUGGAGUGUUUUCUCAUCACGUCCAUGGCUUUUGAUCGAUCUCUGGCCAUCUACAGGCCCCUGACGUAUGGGGCAGUCAUGAAUCCUCAGGCCUGUGUCUGUCUGGUAGUGGUGGCCUGGGUUAGUGGACUCUUCUUCUCUGCCUUCCACACUGCCAACACUUUCUCCUUGCCCUUCUGUGGCCCCAAUGUGAUUCAGCACUUCUUCUGUGACAUCCCCCCACUCAUGAACAUAGCCUGUGCCAACGCAAAAGCCCAUGAGGCUGCUGGAUUUGCAGUCAGUGGCUGCAUCAUUAUGACCUGCUUGGCCCUCACUGUCCUGUCUUACAUUCGUAUAGUGGCCACUGUGGCUCAGAUCCCUUCAGCAGCUGGCCGCCAGAAGGCCUUCUCCACAUGCUCCUCCCAUCUGGCUAUGGUGCUCCUGUUCUAUGGGACUGGGGGUUCUGCCUACAUGCAGCCCACAGCCCACUACUACCCACUGCAAGGGCGCAUGGCUGCUGUGUUCUACUCAAUCAUCACGCCCACCCUGAACCCAGUUAUCUACAGCCUGAGGAACAAGGACAUGAAGAGUGCCCUGAGGAAGCUCUACCUUCGGAUGACAUCUUGGAACCUGGCAUCUAGCCAUGGGAGGGACCAGAAAUCCACCUAUAGUCUAUUUCCCCCAGAGUCAUGCUGA